CUGUUCGAAGUUCCACAAGGUUCUCCCGUCUCUCCGCAUUCCAACCCUAGGCCCUAGGGCAUCUCUCCUCUCUCCAUUUUGGGUUCGGAAGGCGAGCGGCGGCGACGGCAGUCGAAGAUUGAUCACAGUCAACCAGCGAGGAUCCGAGAGGCCUCAAGUGUGAAUCUAUUGGAAUGGCAAGUUACUCAGGGAGAGGAGACCCUUCAAAUGGCUCUGUCUAUGUAUGUCAAUUGCCUCCUGGGACUGAUGAGAAUAUGCUGGCUGAGUUUUUUGGCACCAUAGGGUUGCUAAAGAAAGACAAAAGGACUGGUCGACCAAAAGUUUGGUUGUACAGAGACAAAGUAACAAAUGAACCGAAGGGUGAUGCAACAAUUACAUACGAAGAUCCUCAUGCAGCUUCGGCUGCUGUGGAGUGGUUCCACAACAAGGAAUUUCAUGGAAGCAUCAUCGAAGUAUAUAUAGCAGAGUCAAAGGCCAACAUUCAACAACUUAAUCAUUCUGCAAAUCCAAGCAUGGAAGGUGAUCUGGGGGGACAUGAUGAACUGAAUGAUAGUGGGGGCAGAGGGAGAGGAAGGGGUGAUGCUUCUGGCAAAUCAUGGCAGCAAGAUGGAGACUGGUUAUGUCCAAAUACAAGUUGCACCAAUAUAAAUUUUGCAUUCCGUGGUGUCUGUAACCGCUGUGGAACAUCUCGCCCUGCUGGUGCUGGUGGCACAGGUACUGGUGGAGCUGGUCGAGGAAGGGGCCGUGGAAGCAAUGAUGCUGGUGGACGUAGCCGUCCUGUUGGUGGUCCUACAGGGCUUUUUGGUCCAAAUGAUUGGUCCUGCCCAAUGUGUGGCAAUAUUAACUGGGCAAAGCGUACAAAGUGCAAUAUUUGUAACACCAAUAAGCCAGGCCACAAUGAGGGUGGUGUGAGAGGAGGCCGUGGUGGGGGUUACAAAGAACUUGAUGAAGAAGAAAUAGAGGAAACAAGAAGACGACGGAGAGAAGCUGAAGAGGAUGACGGGGAGAUGUACGAUGAAUUUGGCAACCUCAAAAAGAAAUUCCGUGCCAAAACACAGCAGAUUGAAGGUGGACAGAUAGUUCCUGGUUCUGGGCGUGCUGGAUGGGAGGUUGAGGAUUUAGGCGUGAUUGAUAGAGAGAGCAGACGAAAAAGUGGAGAACGGGGCAGAGAUUACAAUGAUGGAGAGAGCAGCAAGAACCGAGAAAGAGGUGGCCGUGAGAGGGAGAGACGAAGAAGCCGAAGCAGAGAGAGGGAAAGGGAACGUGAGAAGGAAAGAGGGAGAGACAGAGACAGAGAUCGAGAUCGAGACUAUGAAUACGAAAGAGGUCGGGGAUAUGGAAGGGAACGUGAUCGCCACCGAGACAGGUAGAGGUUUAUAUUGCCAUGCAAUUUUUGGUUUCUAAGGCAGAUUCUGGUAUCUGAAGCAUUCUGAGUAGUUUGUUCCUGAGCUUCACUGUGAAAAAAACUCUGAUGGAUGUCAACAUAUUCUUUACCUCUUUUUGUUGUGUCUUUGUUGCACAAAGCAAAUGAGUUUAAAAUGGUAACUUUUAUUGUUGUGGACUUUUAUGUGCAAUCUAUCUGCUAUUGUAGAUUUGCUGAUGA